AUGCUGGCCAUUGCCCUCUUCUCCGCCGCGCUGGUCGCCGGCGUCCACGGCGCCGACGCCAACACCACCACAGUCGCCACGACCUUUUCCACGACGCCCGUCGUCGCCGCUCCCACCACCGCUCCGGCCGCGCCUGCCGCUCCGGCCGAGCCUGCCGCGCCGGCGGAACCCGUCUCGGUGGCGGCGCUGCCCGACAACUACACGCUCUUCAAGGGCGACGGGUCCACGACGCAAGGCUGGCCUGCCGUGGGCGACUGGGGCUCGUUUGACGCGCUGUGGCAGGCCAACGCGCCGCUGAUUGCGCAGUCGUGCUCCAACCACAGCUGGGGCGCGGACAAUUCCGAAAAGGAGACGUGGCAGCUGCGCACGGCGAUUGAAGCCGCCGCGGCCACCAACAACAUUGACCGGCGCUUCGUCCUGGCCACGGUGCUGCAGGAGUCCAACGGCUGCGUGCGCGCGCCGACGACGGAGAACGGCGUGCGCAACCCGGGCCUCAUGCAGAGCCACAACGGCGACGGCGACUGCGCCACAAAGGACCCCUGCCCGUGGGAGCAGAUUACGCAGAUGAUCAAUGACGGCGCUGGCGGCACAAAGGAUGGUGAUGGCCUGCGCCAGACGCUCGCCGCGGCGAGGAACAGCACAGGCAGCAAGGAGGAGAGGAUGUUUUACGCGGCGGCGAGGCUGUAUAAUUCGGGCUCGGCCGACUUUGAGAAGCUCGGCGAUCCGGUGGGCGCCACGGCGUGCUAUGUCAGCGAUAUCGCGAAUAGGCUCACCGGAUGGGUCUUUUCGCCGUCGGAGUGCCGCAAGCCGGGCGUCGUGCCGUAA